AUGGAUGUUAUUAUAGCUGCAGUUGGUGAAUUUAUCUGGGCAUCAUCGUGUGCUGUGGUAAAUUUUUGUCUUAGUUCAGGCCUUAGUGUUCUUGCCGUAUUUGUCUCAUUUCUUUGUGCUAUUCUUGCAUCAGCCUUUUAUAAAUAUACGACAAGUCAUCAACACAUGUCGCUUGAUGAUGCUACAUGUGCUCUUAGCGAUCAUGAUUACGAUGAUCUAGACAAGCCUAUUACAGUAACACUACCAACAGAAGAACCGAUAGAACCAUCAUUACCAUUAAUAAUAAUUGACGAAUCAAAUAAUAUUAAUGAUAGUCGAUCAUUAUCUGAAGUUGACAUAUCUUUAGAAGGAAAUACAAAUGGCAAUGAAAUAGAUAAUGAACAAACAUCAGAUAAUAUAUUAGUUGAUACUGUUGAAGGUUCUGAAGAAGAAAUUCAAAAAAAACAAAUAGCUAAUAUUUAUCGUCUUUUAAAUGAUCAAAAUUUAAUUAAUAAUUGGACAACAACUGAUUUUGUUGACCAACUUAAAAUAGAAAACUGUAUACAACGAAAUAUUUGGAUAACAUUGGGUGUUAGCAUAGUUAUUAUUAUAUUGGGUUGUGCUGCUGGAAUACCAGUAGCAAUGAAAACGAACCAGAAUCGUGAAUCAACCACUAGUACACCGUUGCUUGGAGCAGUUAUAUUUUUGAAUACAAUGUCUAAUAUACCUGUAUCUACAGUAUCGAAUAUUUCAAUGCCAUUACCAACAAGUAAAAAUUAUCAUUGA